CGUCGGUGUCCGCUGACACAACGGUUGUUUUGGAGGAAGUGAGAGAGCAGCGGUCUGGGUCAGCGCGCGGUCUCCUGUGUGUUACGGAAACAAAGAAAAUCGUGAAAAAGAGAAAGGAAAAUACAGUGAAAUAGUUCCAGAGACUACUCUGCCGAUUAUUUAGUUUUUUAAACGUGUUAACGUUAUAAGCUGGUUAGCUAGCUUGUGACAGCGGAAAAGACCAUAGCUAGCCGUAAUCAUCUGUAUCUGCAAGGAAAGAAGCGAGGUAGCGGAGCGCGGAAAGGCCGCCUGCUGCCCAGAGCGAGGAGGACACAGUCCGGGCUUUAACACGAUGACAUCCAGAAAGAAAGUGCUACUCAAAGUCAUUAUUCUUGGAGACUCAGGUGUUGGCAAGACUUCACUGAUGAACCAGUAUGUGAACAAGAAGUUUAGCAACCAGUAUAAAGCUACCAUAGGAGCCGACUUCCUAACAAAGGAAGUGAUGGUGGACGACAGGCUGGUCACGAUGCAGAUAUGGGACACAGCAGGUCAGGAGCGCUUCCAGUCACUGGGCGUUGCCUUCUACCGUGGGGCUGACUGCUGUGUGCUUGUGUUUGACGUCACUGCACCCAACACCUUUAAGACACUGGACAGCUGGAGAGAUGAGUUCCUAAUCCAGGCCAGCCCACGCGACCCGGAAAACUUCCCCUUUGUAGUGCUAGGAAACAAAAUUGACCUGGAGAACAGGCAGGUGACGACCAAGCGAGCACAGGCUUGGUGCCAGAGUAAGAACAACAUCCCCUAUUUUGAGACCAGUGCCAAGGAGGCCAUCAAUGUAGACCAGGCCUUCCAAACCAUAGCACGCAACGCUCUGAAGCAGGAGACAGAAGUGGAGUUGUACAAUGAGUUUCCGGAGCCAAUAAAACUGGACAAGAACGACAGGACGAAGGCUUCUGCAGAAACGUGCAGUUGCUGAGUGGGGCCUUUGCAGCUGUUCAGGUCUCCUAUGACCUCCUCAAAUCCUCCCCACACCCUCUGAAAGCCCUGUGUCCAUGACAGUUCCUAGCCCGUCUCUCCCUGCCGUAUUGGCCGUCAUCACCUGAAUCCAUCAUCACUGGCCAGCAGGAGUCAUUCAGUAUGAUGGUAGAUGAGAGUUGACUUCCAUUAUUCUGAUGUAAUGCACACGCACACACACACACACGCAUGCACACACACGCACGCACAUUUUGUUUUCCUUGUCAGACCUUCCUAUUAUUCCAGAAGUCUUAGCAUCCCCUUACCACCUAAAAAGAGCUACAGUUCCUCCUCACUCUCUGACAUUUAGCCAGAAGGAGCUUAUGUUACCUAACAAGUGGGAUUAAGAGCUUCAGGAGAUAUUUUACUUAUAAGCAGUACAUUUUGUCGAUUUUGUCAAGCCAGCCUUGUUAUAACUUGAGCUAUUUUGCUAAUUUACUUUACAAAAUGGCUAAGGUUUCUAUUAUAUGACUUAAAGUAAGUUAUUACCUACGCAGUCAUUAACGUUUUAGUUUUCCUGCAAAUUAGUUUAUGAGCCAAACAAAAGCAUACUGAUUGUGUUUGCACUUUUAUUUUGUAUUUCACCUAAACUUUGGUUCACACCUGCUCUUCGAUAUUGACAAGAAUUUCAUAAGCAUCGUGUGCUGGGAUAGUGAGCUGACACACUUAUUAACCCACUGGGCACCAGUCACAUGAAACCACAAAGCACUUAGCACUGGGGGCAAUAGUGGGGGCUCAGUCCCAUCUCUGGCCUCCUCUUCACGCUCUUUACGGCUAACUCUGCUUCUUAGAUUGAAUUCACAGGAAAAAUCUCACUAUGAGCGGAUGUCACCAGGCCUUUUAAAUUUAAAUGUAGAAACUGCUAUGUAAUUUAUUCUUAGGAUGUUAAUACUACUUUUACCGCUACUGAUACUUUUGCGAAGCGUCGUUAUUUUGCCUAACUGCAUGUUUCCCAUAAUUUCCACGCUUCCACCUGAUCGUCCGCAGGUGCCUCAGGUUGGAAAAUAUUUUGUUAUAUUACUUUUAACCAAUCAGAUACAAGUUGUGUGUUCAUGUACUGUGUUUAGAAAUUUCAUUACAUUUUGGGAAGUGGUGGAAUGCUGUACUGAGACAGGAAUGGAUAUUUAAUCCCUAUAAAAGAAAAUCUUGUAAGUACUCAUUCUGGCAUUGUUAAUUUAACAAUAAUGUAUUCGAGAAAUAAGAUACAGAUUGUUUUCAAAAUAUUUGGGUUUCAAUGUAAUAAUGAUAAUAAAAGGUUCUUGAAUUAAAUCUGUAUUUUUUGGACAAGUGAUUGAGGAUAAAUCUUAUCAGCCAACCAUGAUGAGGCGAUCUGUACAAAAAAAAAAAUAGGUGACAAAUUACACGUUCCAUUUGAUUUAAAAUGUGUAGGUGAUGGUACAAUAAAAGCAAAGACUAUUCUGAUCUUAACUUUUCGAGUACAUUUGUAAAAAUGCUGAUGUAAGGUUGAGUAAAAGAUAUAUCUAUUUACAACAA